AUCUUCAAGACCUGACCUAUCUCAUCAACCGAGAAUAUGAUGCGAAAUCCAUUACAACCUUCAUAAUGCAAUGCUACACGGAGCUGACACCUCCUACAGCUGUCACACAUUCAUUGAGUCUGCCGUUCAUUUCUGCAAAGGCUAACAAUCUCAUUGUCGCGAAAACCUCCUUACUUCAAAUCUUCACUAUUAAGACAGUGUCAAUUGAGCUCGAUGACUCGCGGGAGAGUGAAGCCUCGAAACAGGAUGGCAAGUGGGAUGCGACAAUUAGUGAUGACGCGCUGGAAACAUCUUUUCCUGGAAUAGACUCUGUUCUCCGUACAGAUCGCGCGAAGAAAACGAAGCUCGUCCUUUUGGCCGAAUAUACACUCUCUGGAACAAUCACUUCGUUGGCACGGAUAAAAGUCCCCUCUUCGAAGUCAGGUGGAGAAGCGCUUUUAGUCGGAUUGAAGGAUGCGAAGCUCAGUCUGGUGGAGUGGGAUCCCGAGCGUCCAGGCAUAUCGACUAUCUCAAUCCAUUAUUACGAGCAAGAUGAUCUCCAGGGCGCACCUUGGGCGCCAUAUCUCAAGGACUGUGUCAAUUACAUAUCGGCUGACCCUGGCAGUCGUUGUGCUGCUCUCAAGUUUGGCGCUCGAAACUUGGCUAUACUGCCUUUCAAGCAAGAUGAGGAGGACGUGAAUAUGGAUGAUUGGGACGAAGACUUAGAUGGGCCGAAACCUGCUGACAAGAGUUCGAAGACUGCAAAUGGUAUUGCUGGGACUGGCGAUACCCCGUACGGCUCGUCUUUCGUCCUCCGUUUGCCAACCCUAGAUCCGAAUCUCAUCAAUCCAAUCCAUCUUUCCUUUAUAUACGAAUACCGAGAGCCUACUUUUGGCAUUCUCGCCUCAAAUACCUCCCCGGCAUCUUCGCUACUGUUCGAAAGAAAGGAUUACCUUACAUACAUGGUCUUUACCUUGGAUUUACAUCAGAAGGCUUCGACUACAAUAUUAUCGGUCACUGGUCUACCAUACGAUCUGACUGAGAUCAUCCCAAUACCAGCUCCGGUUGGUGGUGUUCUCCUCGUAGGUAGUAAUGAAUUGAUCCACGUUGAUCAAGCUGGAAAGGCCAAUGGAGUCGCUGUCAACUUGUUUGCCAAACAAUGCACCUCAUUUGGCCUGGCUGACCAGUCAGAGCUGGGGAUGCGUCUUGAAGGUUGCAAAAUUGAACAGCUCUCGAUUCAGAAUGGCGAGAUGCUUAUUCUCCUGCAGUCUGGCGAACUCGGUAUUAUAAGCUUCCGGAUGGAUGGCCGGUCUGUUUCUGGCUUGAAUGUUCGACGGGUUUCCAUUGAAGCCGGAGGGUCUGUCUUGUGCGGUCGUACUUCUACAAUAAGCCCUCUAGGUCAAAACGCUUUUUUUGUUGGAAGUGAGUCUACAGAUUCGGUAGUCCUUGGUUGGAGCAAAAAGGUCAGCCAAAUAUCACGCCGAAAGUCCAAAUUGGAUAAGUCUCGAGGCAACGAUGACACAUUCAUGGAUGAAGAUGAGGACGAAGAAGAUGAUGAUGUCGACGAUGACUUAUAUGGCGAAGGGCCGGCAGUCACCACGGCUGCUACCAAUGGUUCUGCCCCGGUGGAUGGCACCAGUAGCAAAGCUGGUGAUUACCUUUUCCAGGUGCAUGAUCGAUUGGUGAACAUUGCCCCGAUUGUUGAUAUGACGUUCGGGAAAUGUGGCGCCUAUCAGAAUGACGAAGAGAAACUUAAUGCCGAAGGAGUGACUGGUGACCUAGAGCUUAUUGCUGCUGUCGGCAAGCAAAAAGGCGGAUCUCUUGCGGUGGUCCACAGGAAGAUUCAACCUAAAGUUGUUGGUAAAUUCGAGUUUCCUGAAGCACGAGGCAUAUGGACGAUGAGCGCAAAAAAGCCUACUGAAAAGGGUCUAGAAGCUCAAAAAGAGAAGUCUGCUAUGAGUGGAGACUAUGGCAUUGAAGCUCAAUACGACAAGCUGAUGAUUGUCUCGAAAAUUCUCUCUGACGGUACAGAACAAUCUGACGUGUACGCACUAACAGCAGCAAAUUUCGAGGCUCUCACGGAUACAGAAUUCGAACCGGCCGCUGGUCCGACCAUUGAAGCUGGUACAUUGGGCAACGGCAUGCGUGUCAUUCAAGUUCUCAAGUCUGAAGUACGAAGUUAUGAUGGCAAUCUCGGAUUGGCUCAGAUACUGCCUAUGUAUGAUGAAGAUACUGGUGCUGAGCCUAAGAUCAUCAGUGCGAGCUUCGCAGAUCCUUUCCUACUUCUCGUCAGGGACGACUCAAGCAUAUUCGUUGCUCAAUGUGACGAUAGCAAUGACCUAGAAGAGUUGGAACGUGAAGACGAUGGACUUUUGAGCACCAAAUGGCUGACCGGAUGCUUGUACGCCGAUGCGACCGGCAUCUUCGCUUCUGUUCAGUCUGACAAGGGCCAAAAGGCUGGAGAAAACAUAUUGAUGUUCCUCUUGAGUGCUGGUGGAGCGCUGCACAUUUACGCACUUCCAAACCUUUCGAAAGCUGUCUAUAUUGCAGAAGGCUUGUGUUUUGUGCCCCCAGUCCUCUCGGCAGAUUACGCGGCCAGAAAAUCUGCUGCGCGUGAGACAUUGACCGAGAUCAUAGUUGCAGAUCUUGGGGACGAUGUCUCGAGAUACCCUUACCUUAUUUUGCGCCCUUCUAAUGAUGACCUAACGAUUUACGAGCCAUUUCGAACAAGUCCUGCAUCUUCUCCAAACGACCUCUCGAAGACACUUCACUUCCUCAAAAUCCACAACCCUCACUUUGCUCGUAAUCCAGAAAUAUCUGCAGAAGUGACCGCGGACGAUGCAGGAGAUACUAGAAAUGAGCCUAUGCGUGCAUUCUCAAAUCUUGGUGGCUAUAGUGCAGUCUUCUUGCCCGGUGGAUCGCCGAGCUUUAUCAUCAAAAGUGCUAAAAGCACGGCUAAAGUGCUCAGUCUACAAGGCACUGGAGUUCGGGGGAUGAGCAGCUUUCACACUGCGGGAUGUGACAGAGGUUUCAUUUACGCGGAUGUCGAAGGUAUUGCUCGAGUGGCGCAACUUCCCUCAGCCUCCAAUUUUGCAGAGCUGGGCGUAACACUCCGGAAAGUCGACAUUGGUGAGGAUAUUCACGCUAUCUCAUAUCAUCCGGGUAUGCAAUGUUAUGCUAUCGCAACAAGCACUAGAACAGAGUUUGAGUUGCCGAAAGAUGAUGACCACCAUCGGGAUUGGGCUCGAGAAGACAUAGCUUUCAAGCCAACCAUAGAGCAAGGUUACCUCAAGCUGGUUAACCCUGUCAACUGGUCUGUUAUCAACACAAUACCACUCGAUCCCUUCGAGGUGGUAAUGUGUAUGAACACUAUCAACCUGGAGAUAUCUGAAUUGACCAAUGAGCGCAAGCAAUUGAUCACAGUCGGCAUUGCCAUAACCAAAGGCGAAGACUUACCAACCAAAGGCCGAAUUUAUGUCUACGACGUGGUCAAUGUUAUUCCGGAAGCUGACCGUCCUGAGACGAACAAACGUCUGAAGCUCAUAGCAAAAGAAGAGAUCGCUCGAGGAGCCAUCACCGCCAUUUCCGAAAUCGGUACACAAGGCUUCAUGAUGGUUGCACAAGGACAGAAAUGCAUGAUUCGCGGUCUCAAAGAGGAUGGCACACUUCUUCCUGUCGCUUUCUUAGACCUGAACUCGUAUGUCACUUCUAUGAAAGAGCUUCGGGGUACAGGUCUCUGUGUUUUCGGCGACGUAAUCAAAGGCGUCUGGUUUGCAGGCUACGCCGAAGAGCCAUACAAAAUGAUGCUUUUCGGCAAGUCAGCAAACAACAUGGAAGUUGUGGCAACAGAACUGCUUCCCGAUGGAAAAGAGCUAUAUAUUGUAGCAGCAGACUCAGACUGCAAUUUGCAUAUCAUGCAAUACGACCCUGAACACCCGAAAUCCAUCCAAGGACAUCUACUUCUACAUCGCUCCACAUUUGCCCUAGGUGGACACAUGCCAACAACGAUGACACUCCUUCCUCGCACUAAAGCUGCCACAAUGCUACCUCCUUCUCCGGAUGCCAUGGAUAUUGCCGCCGAUGCCACAAUUCCUGAGCACGAGAUCCUUAUCACUUCUUCAACGGGCUCAAUUGCUCUGCUGUCGCCCUUAAGUGAACCUCAGUACCGACGCUUGAACACUCUAACGUCUCAUCUCACGAAUACGCUGUAUCAUGCUUGUGGACUGAAUCCAAGAGCCUACAGAAUUGACAGAGACGCACCUGAAGGCACGGCGGGUAGCAGAACAGUGGUUGACGGGACGAUCCUUAUGCGAUGGCUAGAGUUGGGGAGUCAAAGGCGGGCGGAGGUUGCUGGAAGGGUCGGAAUUGACGUUGAUGAGGUCAGGGAUGAGUUGGUUGCGCUUAUGGGUGGGUUGGGAUAUUUGUGAGCUGUAUGGGGUGGUUCUUUGAGCGUUAUUAAUUUCAUGAACGAGCGAUGAUAGUUCUCAAGUUAGACAAGUUGAUGCUCCG